AUGGCUCCCGUCGGUGCUGGACUCUGGCGCACCCUGCGCGCGCAACAGGUGUAUGGCGCCAAUACCGAUGUCGGCAAGACCAUCGUCUCGACCGUGCUCUGCAAUGCCAUCCAAAAACAGAAGCAGAGGGCGGCAUUCCUGAAACCCGUCUCCACCGGAGCAUUGGACGAUGCAGAUGAUCGCCAUUUGAAGCGGUACGGGGCCGGGACUCUCACCAAAUGCCUCUACCAAUUCGAUGAGCCGGUGAGCCCGCAUAUCGCCGCGAAACAGAAGAACAUCUCGGAUGAUGAUCUCCUCGCAUCCAUUCACAAGACCCUGUCUGACUGGGCCCGGUCGGAUGUCGACUUCGCCCUGGUCGAAACUGCCGGCGGCGUCCACUCGCCAGGGCCCAAUGGCAACUCCCAGGCCGACCUUUAUAGGCCACUGCGACUUCCCAUUGUCCUCGUCGCGGAUUCUCGGCUAGGAGGCAUUUCCUCGUCUGUCUCUGCCUAUGAGUCCCUGCUGCUCCGCGGCUACGACAUCCAGUCUGUCCUGUUGUUCCGUGAUGAAUAUUACCAGAACCACGAGUACUUGCGUGAUUUCUUCCGCAAUAAGAGCAUCCCGCUGGUUUCCUUGCCGGCACCCCCUGCCAAGCCACUGCAACUGGACGCCGAUUCGCAAUUGAGAGACGAAGAAGCAAUGUCUAGCUACUAUCAAAAGGUAUCGCAAGAGUCGGAGAUCCUGCGCCUCCUCGAAGAAAUGUCCGUCAAGAACACGGAAAGGAUCGAGCGACUAGACGAAAUGGCUGAUCGGGCACACGAUCUGAUCUGGUACCCGUUCACUCAACACCAGGGCAUGUCCGCCAAGGAUAUCACAGUCAUCGAUUCCGCCCACGAUGAUUACUUCCAGACCUUCAAGUCGAGCAGCUCUACGAAGCCCGAUAGUGAACUUCGUCCUACCUUCGACGGAUCCGCAUCCUGGUGGACACAGGGAUUGGGCCAUGGCAAUCCGGACUUGUCCCUCUCCGCCGCCUAUGCCGCCGGUCGGUACGGCCAUGUCAUGUUCGCGGGCGCAGUGCACGAGCCGGCGCUUUCUCUGGCUGAUCGCCUGUUGAAGACCCUUGACAAUCCGCGCUUUACCAAGGUUUUCUAUACGGAUAACGGAAGCACCGGAAUGGAAGUUGCUGUGAAAAUGGGUCUGCGGGUGGCAUGUGACCGGUAUGGUUGGGAUGCUAGUCAAGAGAAGAUUAACAUUCUGGGUCUCAAGGGCAGCUACCAUGGUGAUACCAUUGGUGUGAUGGAUUGUUCUGAGCCAUCUACUUAUAACAAAAAGGUCGAAUGGUACCGUGGUCGGGGGCACUGGUUUGAUUUCCCUCUGGUCAAGAUGGUCAAUGGGACUUGGAAGAUUGAAGUCCCCGAAGAGCUUCGGGCUGAUCUGGGCCCCGAUGUUGAGGUUGAUUCUUUGAACUCGGUGUUUGACCUCGAUCAGCGUUUGCAGUCGGAUGCUGCGCAGCGCUACAAGGAAUACAUUCGCCGCACCAUUGAGGAUCUGGUGCAGAAGCAAGGAAUGAAGUUUGGUGCCUUGAUCUUGGAACCUGUUAUUCUUGGCGCAGGAGGAAUGCUAUUCUGUGAUCCGCUCUUCCAGCGCUGCCUGACAGAUGUCGUCCGCGACAACCCCGAGCUCUUCUCUGCCCAGAACAACACCCCGAAAUCAGCGCCAUCCUGGUCCGGUCUGCCCGUCAUCUUCGACGAGGUAUUCACCGGACUCUACCGCCUGGGACGCCCAACAUCGGCGUCAUUCCUCGACGUGCACCCCGAUAUUGCUGUUAAUGCCAAGCUCCUCACCGGUGGAUUGAUUCCCCUAUGCACGACCGUUGCAAGCCAGGAAAUCUUCGACACGUUUUCGAGUCCCGAGAAGAGCGAUGCCCUCCUUCACGGCCACAGCUACACGGCCCAUGCAGUCGGAUGCACCGUCGCGGUGGACUCGCUGAAGACCAUGUCUGACAUGGACGUGAAUGGAUCGUGGGAUGGAUUCCGAGCGGAUUGGAAUGCCACGUCCGCACCGGCCAAGGAGUCAAGUGCUGAUGUGUGGAGUGUCUGGUCGCAGGGUCUCUUGAAGGACCUCUCCUGUACCGAUGCCGUGGAGAGCGUCUUUGCAAUUGGAACUGUGCUGAGCAUCUCGCUGCGCGAUGCACAAGGCGGAGGCUAUACCUCUACUGCCGCUAAAGGCUUACAGCAGAAGCUGGCCGUUGGCGGCGACCAGUUCAAUGUCCACUCCAGAGUCCUGGGCAAUGUGCUAUACUUGAUGUCCAGUGUGACUUCCAAGCCCGAUUCAUUGAAGGAGAUGGAAAAGCUCCUCCGCACCUCGCUACAGUAA